AUGGCCGUGAAGAAGGAGGCGGUGAAGGGAAAACUGACCACGUUGCAUGCCUGGGAGCUGCCGAGGGAGGGCUCAGCAAUCGCACCUAGCUAUGUCUGGGUUAACCGCGAUAUGCAGCCUACGCCGGAUGUUGAUCAGACAUGGUCAAUCUAUACAAUCGCGGCGAUGUGGGGGAGUGACAUGAUAAACCUCGGAACGUUUGAGACGGCAUCUUCGAUCCUAGCUGUCGGAUUGUCCUGGAGAGAGGCUAUUCCGUGCAUGGUUGUUGGGACGCUCUGUGUCUCAAUCGCCAUGGUACUGAAUGGCGCGGCUGGAGCGAAACUGCACGUGCCGUUCAGCGUCAUCGCCACAUCGAGUUUCGGAUAUUAUUUCCGCUAUUUCUGCAUUGUUUCACGAUGCAUACUGGCAAUGUUCUGGCUUGGAAUUCAAGGCGCAAAUGGCGCUCAGUGUAUCACUGUCAUGCUACGUGCAUUGGCUCCAAGCUAUAACAACAUUCCAAAUCGACUGCCCGCAAAUGCCGGUAUCACAACGCAGGGGAUGUGCUCAUAUUUUCUCUUCUGGAUUAUUCAGCUUCCUAUCCUACUGAUCCACCCUACAAAACUGCGGUGGAUGUUUAUUGUCAAGCUUACUCUUGCGCCUGCCACUGCCAUUGCUACUAUGGCAUGGUGUUUACACAAGGCUCAUGGCGGCGGCGAGAUUUGGAGUCUCAGAGCUGAAGUUUCUGGAAGCCAGUACGCUUGGCUUUGGUUGAGCUGCAUGACAUCGGUCACAGGAUCGUGGGCGACUUUGGCCUGUAACAUCCCAGACUUCACCAGAUACGCAAAAUCAGCCAAAGGUCAAUAUGUCCAGGUCGCGAUCAUUCCAAUCUUCUUCACUGCAUGUGGGGUCUUGGGAAUAGUCACCACUUCUUGCACCAAGACGAUCUAUGGGACUUACAUCUGGAACCCGCUGGAUAUCAUCUCCAUCUGGCUAGACUACGGUUCUGGAGGAAGAUGCGCUGCCUUCUUCGCCGCUUUUGGGUGGCUGGCAGCUCAGAUUGGUACAAACGUAACCGCGAACUCGAUCUCUGCGGCGAACGACCUGACGGUGCUCUUCCCACGAUGGAUCAAUAUCAAGCGAGGCUGUAUGGUUGCAGCCGUUAUUGCGGGCUGGGUCUUGGUUCCCUGGAAGAUCCUGGCUAGCGCGUCCACGUUCCUUUCCUUCAUGUCCGGCUACUCGGUCUUCCUCGCACCAAUUGCAGGAAUACUCGCGGCGGACUACUGGCUGGUCAAGAAAUCUCACUACGACAUUCCGGCCCUCUACGACCCUCACGGCCGUUACCGUUACUCCGGAGCACUACCGGGGUUCAACUGGCGCGCCUUUAUCGCCUUUAUCACCCCUGUCACGCCAUUACUUCCGGGUCUUGCCCUUUCUAUCGUCAGCGGUGGCUCAACUGCCGCCCCCUCGCCCAAGGCCAUGACCGACGCUGGGAUCAGGAACUUGUACAGCUUCAACUGGCUGUUCGGCUUCGUAACGUCCAUCUUUCUGUAUACAGCUCUAAGCUGGGCAUUUCCUGACAAGCAGACGUUGCUGACGGAGACGAUCUGGACUCUCGACGGUGUGGAGCAGCCCAUCGAAGGGCAGACGAGCGACGAGGAACAGGCCCGUGGGCAGCUACAGUCAUUCUCCCUUCUAAAGAAACGGAAUUGA